AACUUGAAACACAAAGCUUCCUCGCUACAUUUAAUUACUACUUUUAUUACUUCUCUCUCUGCAAAAUUCACUCUCCUUUUCAUAUUCGCGCGAAUCUGAGGUAAUUAGGGUUUCCAAAGUUGUUAUAUUCACUCAGCAAAUGGAAUAUAACUUGGAGAUAUCUCCAAAUGUAAUUGGUGACGAUGAUGGAAAGUCUUACUCUCAGCUCAGCACUGUUUUAGUAGCUACAAUUCAAGAAGUGAAAGACCGAGUGUCUCAGAUUGAAUUUAUUUUCUGUAGUCAGCUCUUCCCAGGUUACAAAGCUAGAACUAAAAGCCUCCACAAAAGAUAUAUUGAAGCCAAGAAAGCUGCUGAAGAGAAGGAAAGUUGCCUAAGAGGAGAAAUAGACGAGCUUCGUCUUGAGCAGAAACACAAUCUUGAAGAAAGAGAGCGCUUGAUUGCUUCUUUUGAGGAAGAGAAGGAAAAAUUAAUAAAGCAAAAAAUGAAAGCUAAAGAGGAUGAAUGGAGAAGUGAAGAAUAUAGUCUUAGACACCACAUAGAUGUGCUUGAGCUUGAAAAGCAAAAGAUAAUUGAAGAAAAAAGGAAUCUAGUUGCUUCUCUUGAACAGGAAAAGACAUAUUUAAGGUGUAAUAGCCAGUUACUGGAUGACCUCCAAAACGAAAAAAAACUGCUUUUGGCCAAAGUAGAAAGUCUAGAGAAGAAGGAAGACGUUGCUGAGCUCCAACGUCAGGUGAAGUGGAUGAAUGAGGAUCUGGCUGAGGAAAAGAGAUUGCAUGAAAAAUUACGACAACAGAUUGAAUUGAAAGAUUAUGAGAUGAUUCUCGAGAAGAAAAGGAACAGAAAUAUAGUCGACUCCUUUAAACGUUUGAAAUCACAGCACAACUUUCUCCGUAGUAAGUGUGGUCUUAGCACAGAUAAUAUGAUCCCUUGCAAUUUGGUGGAGGACAACAGAAAUUCAUCAAGAAAUUAUCAGAAUCCAAGGAUCCCAACUAGUCCUGAAGGUAGAGAUCCAGAAACAUCUAGAGUUGCGCUAAAGACAAAUAAACAAAAGGAUGAGAUCAGUUUGCCAGAAAAACUGGACAAUAACAAAAUGCAAUUCUCAAGCUAUGAUACAACCACCAAAGUCCCUUCUACUUCCAGCUCAUCUCAGCCUUUUAACUGCCCUGCUAAUAUGAAGUCUGAGCCACUCUCUGGCAUACAGAAGCAGCCACUACCUAAUUGGAGAGCUACUCGCUCACGUCAAGAACCAGGAGGAGCAGAUCCACAUGAUGAUUUUCUCGACACUCCCUUGGAGAACAUACAGGAUAAUAUUACCAGGGGUCUUCUAAGAGAAGAAACCCAUGAUUUCCCGGUUCUUCCUCCGAAGGUCAUGGAUUUGGACAAUUCAGAUGAUGAAACACAAGAUCUGAAUGGAGAGCCUGCUCCACAAAAGCAGAAAAUCUCAAUCAUGAAGCCACCUAAUGACAGAGGUUUUAAAUAUGUAGAACCCGUAAGGAAGAAGGCUGAUAGAGAGAACUUGAAAGGAAUUGAGUGCAAGCAAUGCAAGAAAUUCUAUGAUGCUGUUCUUCCUGGUGGAGACAAGAACAACAAUAAUUUGCGUUGCGAGCAUCAUGAUGGUGUUUCUAGACAUCGAUAUAGGUUUAUUCCUCCCUCAACUCCUGAAGGAUUCUGGAAUAUAGGUUUUGAUUCUGAAAUGUAAUUUUUCUUCAAGUUGAAUUGUCAUUAAGUUUUUUAUUUGCGUUAGGUCCAUAAAUAACCAAGUAGUGUGAUUUGAGAUGUGGCCCUAGGUAAAAUCUUUUCAGUUAGCUUGUUUUCUGAAGCUUAAUUACGAAAGUUAAGGUUCUUCUGUGAAUCUUUAGCAAAAAUGUUGUCAGAAUUCUUAAGUGCAAAGUAUGCAUUCAUAAUAA